AUGGAGCGCCUCUGUGCCCAUCCUAAAGCUGCAGUGCUGCUCGCAGUGGCCUGGAUGCUGAUCGGUCUUCAGAAUACAGGAGCGCAGACUACUCGCGUGUACAGAAACACAACAGGCCCUGUUCCAGGAUGGGGUAUUGCACUUUUAGUCAUGCUGUCACUUUUGGCUGCUUUAAUGCUGCUUGGCAUAAUCUUUCUACCAUUGUGGUGCCAAAAUACAGAGAACGACUGCCAAGAUGGAAUAUCCUUUUAUUCCCCAAACAUCUUGUGUAAGCCAAGAGGACCUUGUGAUGAGCAAUGUCAGCAGAGAUCGUGCAUUUCACCUAACAUCGUGUUUAAUACAAGUGACCCCUGUAAUAGACAAUGUGAGCCGAUGCCCCGUACUUCUCCUAUCAUCAUGUGUAAGCCAAGAGAACCCCGUACUGCAGAAUCUUGUACUUCUCCUAGCAUCUUGUUUAAGCCAAGAGAACCUCGUACUGUGGAAUGUGAGGACAGAUCUUUUACUUCUCCUAGCAACUUGAGUAAGCCAAGAGAACUCCGAGUCGAAUGUGAGGAAAUCUUGGUAGAACCUUCAUUAGUUCCUGAGAGAACUUCCCAAGCUCUCCCACCACCAUGGCAUCAGGACUUUACAAGGCUCCACAAUGGAUGCUGCCCGUCAUGGUGAUACUGAGUCUCCCAAUGUCAGUGAUGCUGCAGAACUCAACUUCAACUGC